UCGGUAUAAAAGACGUUAUGGCCAUUGCAAUAGUCAUCAGUUCAGUUUGGUUCUUUGGAAUACAGUGUCUCAGAGCAGCACAUUGAGAAGUUUGUUCUAAGUUGUGAUUAAGAAGCAACCCCAAAUAGUUACCAUGAAGUGCUUUGUUGCCAUUGCCCUGCUAGCCGUUGCCGUUAGCGCAUCGCCCAUCGAUCCCUAUGGCCACUAUGCUGCCCCAGCUCUGGUGCACGCCGCCCCUCAUUAUGCCGCUCCAGUUGUCCACGCUCCGUUGGUGAAGCACGUCGUUGCUGAGCCAGUUGCCUACCCCAAGUACUCGUUCAACUACGGAAUCAAGGACCCCCAUACCGGAGACAUCAAGUCCCAGGCUGAGGAGCGCGACGGAGAUGUUGUCAAGGGACAGUACUCCCUGGUCGAACCUGACGGUUCGGUGCGCACCGUUGACUACACCGCCGAUGACCACAACGGAUUCAACGCCGUCGUGCACAAGUCUGCCCCAGCUGUCCACAAGGUUGUUGCCCCAGUUGCCCACUACGCCCCAGCUCCAGUCCUGAGCCACUACGUCCACUAAGUGUCCGCUAGCAGCUGGACCGGCUGAGCCACGCUUAACCGGGCCGUUUAAGUCACUCUCUCACUUGCCACUAUGUCUCCGCCAAGAAGCUUCGAAUACUUCAAAGCAACACUACUCACUCGUAUAAAUCGUUAAGGAUCAUAAACAAAAAACAAAAACACACACACACAUGAAGCCCGCUAUCAUCGAAUGUAAUCGUUUAUAUUUUUUGUUUGUUAAGUAAUUAUCGAAUUCUUCUACAACUAUCAAUCUAUCUUUCAAACUCAAACACGUGCUCGACGUCGCGACGGCAGCGUCGCUUUCUCCUCUCUCCCGAAGUCUGGCCCCUGCAGGUCACUCAUGAGCGAGCGAAGAGAGAGCGCCGCGCCUGAAACAUUCCAUCGCGCUUGAAACAUUUCAAGCGGUGAGUUUCACACCCCCAGAAAACGUGCCAAAAAGAUCAAAUCGAGACGAUUUAACGCAAGCAAGUCAAACACAGUUUUGCCACCUGCCAGACCUAUACUAAUCUAUUCAAAGUGGUGGCUUUCCACAGACUUAUUUUCAAGUCUUCAAAUUUCCACCCUCCUUCUUCCGAAGGAAAGAGGUCCUACCUUACCAUUGAUGUUUGAGUGCUAGCACCCCUCUCUUAAAUGUGAUAAUUGUUAUCUCUUAUUACCUCUCUAUCUCACUGUUACACACACUUUCAUUGUUACUAUCGAACUUCCACUACUAUUUAUCUCUUGCCUUUAGAAGUCUUUUCUUCCCCUUAGUCAUCUGCUUUAAACAACAAAACAUGAGAUAAACACAAAAAAGAUCAACAAAAGCGUGAAUUGUUUUAUAUAAAAAAUGUGUAUUUUUAAUAAACAUUAGAAAAUUGUCACCGCAUUCCAGCAUGCCAGCGAAUGUGGGUGAGCAAAACCAAAAAAAGAACAAACUGUAAAUACAGAAAUAAAAAAAUAUUUUAUACAAAAAAAAA